AUGUCGGCACUCUACCGCUGGCUGGGCCCUCUAUAUGACGCUCUCUUCUGCCCGUCCCUUCCCUUCUCCCUUCGCUGGCGAUUAUUGGCAUUCCAGCCCAUUGUACUCCUCACAAACACCAUUCAGUGUCUCUCAACUCUCGUCCGAGAUAAUGCCACGGUCAUUUGGAUUCCACUCCGUACGCCGGGCCAUUCCAUCCGUGCGAUCGUCUAUCCCCCGCCAGAGAUGCCGACACUAACGGUCAAGCGACUGCACCUCAAUAUCCAUGGUGGCGGGUUUCUCGGCGGCCUCCCGGAAGGAAACGCACUGUUUUGUCGGAAGUUAGCCGCCGAAACUGGAGCGGUUGUCAUCUCGACCUCCUAUCGCUACGCGCCCCGUUAUACGUUUCCAACUGCGCAUGAGGACGUACAAGAUGUGGCUGAUUGGAUGAUUCAGAACACAGGGAGCCUCUGGGGCGCAGAUCCAAGGCUCCUCACGGUCAGCGGGUUUUCAGCUGGUGGCAAUCUUGCGCUGGGCGUUGCACAGCGGUUGCAUGGGUCCGAAUUCAGUGUUAAGGCGUCAGUGACGUUUUAUACCCCAGUUGAUCUACGGUUGCCUCCGUGGAAGAAGCCGAAACCGCCUGGAUUCCCAGUGAAGGACCCGCUACGGUUUCUGCUACCUUUAAUGGAUGCGUACGCAGGCCCGGAGCGUCAGAAGAACCGGGAGAAUGCAUUGCUGCACCCCAUCCUAGCUAAUAUCGAGUCUCUGCCGCGGAAAAUGCUAUUCGUGGUUCCUAAGGUCGAUAUUCUUCUACAUGAACAGACGCUAUUUGUGCAGAGACUGGAAGAGGAAGCUACAGUGAUAAACCGUCGGAUUUCACAGAAUGCAGUGGAUCUUACAAAACGGCCAUUAGAAGGCGUCGUGGGAGACCCUCAAUUCGACGUAGCUGAUCCCUACCAAGUUGAGAGCAUGUUCUUCGACGGCCAGAUUCAUGGAUGGUUAGAAGUCCCGUCGAUAUUUAUCGACGUAAAAACCAGAGAUCGAGUCUUCGACGACGUCGUCCACUUCCUCAACAAUGUCUUCGACCCUCAUGAUCGGAAAUAAAUAUCGGUCGAGACGUAUUACUGCGAUAUAUUUGAACGUAGGAUGCAAGGGGUCGUUUAGAUGUCAGAAUGUACCCUUUGAAUACGCUUCGCAACCCCCUUGUUCGUAGUAUAUAAUUUCUAUAUUCUGGAUCAAACUUGUUUCGUAAGCUCUCUUCCUCAAG